AUGGAAGAGCUCAAGAAAAGACUGGAAGAAGAGAAAAUAAAAGCAGAUGAGGAAAGAAAACAAAGAGAGAAUGAGUUCAGACAAAAAGAGGAAAAAAUGAUGAAAAAAUUUGAUGAAAAACACAAAACAGAACAGAAUAAAAGAGAGAUUGAAAACCAGAAACGAUCAGAGGAGGAAAAACAGCAAAGAGCUGAAUAUGAUGGAAAAAUAGAAGAAAUGAAGAGAGAGAUUGAAAAUCAGAGAUCACAGUAUGAAAAACAGCAAAAGGAAAGAGAAGAAGAAGAUAGAAAGAGAGAAGAGAAAUACAGACAAGAUCAAGAAAAGAUGAGAAAUGAUCAAGAACACAUUAUAGCAGAAUUACAGAUGAAAGAAGAAGAAGACAUAAAAAAGAGAGAAUCUGAGCAGAAACGGAGGAAUGAAGAAGAAGAGGAGGAGAGACAGAGAUGGAAGAGAAAAAUAAAAGAGGCUGAAAAUGACAGAAAAGAGACUCAAGAGGAAAUUAAACGACAGCAGAGUGAAUGGGAGGAUGAAAAGAAACGACAGAUGAGAGAACGAGAGGAAGAGCAAAGAAAGAGAAAAGAUAAACAUGAGGAAGAACUGAGAGAAAAACAAGAAGAACUGGAGAAAAUGCGAAAGAGAUUUGAAAGAGAGAGAGAAGAAGAACGACAGAAGAUAGAGAAAGAGAGACAGAAAGAGAGAAGAGAAAGAGGAGAAAAAGAGAGAGAAUAUGAUGAAAAGAAAGAGGAAACAAAAAGACAUUAUGAUCAGCUGGAGCAAAAGAGAAAAGAGGAGUGGGAGAGAAGAAAACGAGAAGAUGAUGAGAAACAAGAAGAAGAGAGAAAGAGAUGGAAGAAAAUGAUUGAAGCUCUGAAACAAGAGCAAGAAGAAGAGAUGAAGAGAAGAGAAAAAGAGGAGAAUGAGAGAAAAGAAAGAGAAGAGAAAGAUAGAAGUGAAAUGAAAAAGGAAUAUGAAGAGAAAAUGAAAAAGAUGAAGAAGAAACAUGAAGGUGAAGCCAGAAAACAAGCAGAAGAACUGAAUGAUUUCAAAGAAGGAAAAGAGCAGCUCCAACAGAAGCUGGAUGAACAUCAGAAUGAAUAUGAAUCACUCAAAAUAUUCCAUCAACACCUGAAAGACCAGAAAGAAAAGGAAAUAAGAGAGUUACAAGAACUUGUUAAACAAGUCUGUCAAAGUCUGCAAGACCAGAAAGAAAAAGAAAUAAAUGAGCUAAAAAAACAAGCUGAAGCACUCAAUAACCUCCUGAAAGACCAGAAAGGACAAAAAAUAGGAGCACUUCAAGAAGACGUUAAACAAUUCUGUCAAAGCCUGCAAGAUCAUAAAGGAAACAAAAUGAAGGAGUUGCAACAAGAAGCUGAAAAACUCUGUCAAACCCUGCAAGACAAGAAAGAGGAACAUUCCAAGAUGCUCCAAAAAGAAGCUGAAGAGAGAAAUAAUAAAUCAAAGAAAGGAUGGUGUUCCCUUAUGUGAUUUUCACAGCACACACACACACACACACACAUAUAUACAUAUAUAUUAGGGAUGUACUGUUUUUGGCCAAAAGAGAAAAAAACUGUUAAGGCUAGAAGGUACAGCUGUGGCUACUGAGCAUGCACACAUCAAUAUAGUGUAAUUUUUGAAUGUGCGGUCUGUUCGUGUACUGCUCAUGCUCACUGGAAAAAGUUUGCUCAAAUAAUGCGCCAGCGGGACAUUUCUGUCUAGUAUAGCUUACUGUGCUGUAACAUGCUGUAGUACAGCUGCACUGGGCCAUGCUGGUAAAAUGACACUACUCUCUCGUGAUGCUCUGCUCUGCUCACAUG